UGAUAUUGACACUUUUGAUAAUUUUCCACGGCCAACCAUACAGGUGCGCUUGGACAUUUGUGCGUGAUUAUCGGGAGCAGGAGAUGCGUAAUGGCCCUCUGAAUGCAUGCUGUUUGGCGCUAUAGGCAGAAGACCUCAUGCACAGCACAGAGUGUCUCUGCACAUCAGACAUUGAGCACCGAGCAACUGGGGCAUGCACCCACUUUAACACAGCGGACCAACAAGCUGCUGUAGUCUGUGGCAUAUCCACGAGAAUAAAACGACGUAUUGUUUUUUUCUGCAACAACACUGGAUUACUGGAGCUGCAGGAGGAGGCUCUGGAGAAACAUUUGAGCUCUACGGACAAACGGAAACGUACGAGUCACAGCUGUGAACGACAGGUGCGUUUUCACAUUUGCACCUCGUUUUUUUCUUUUGCAAUCUGAUUUUCGGUCGGAGCCUGAGAUGCAGCCUCUACCUGACAGAUGUGUGGCAACAUAACUGCAGCCUACAGAGAGCCUGUCUUCCUGCUGCUGAUCUACUGUGGUUGGCUGCUGAGCACUGAGACUGCUACAACUGCAAAUUUUAUCAUCACCUUCAUCAUCAACGUCUGCCACUUCAAACACGGCAAGACUCAAGAGGACAGUGGCUGCUUUUUGGCUGAUCAAAGCGCCAGCAGUCACAGAGUACCUGCAGACGAUGGCUCUAGAUGAGCUGCUCGCUUGAAAGCAGCAUGAGAUAAUUGAGGACUAACUUGUUUAAUUGCUGAUUCAAGCUUUUUUCUCUGUUUGGCGCUGAUCAACAUGCUCCAGUGUGUCAGCUGACUGACAAGGUUGCAGUGCUGUUCGAGCCAGGGACAAGCUCAGUCACAGCAAAGGAGAUGGCUCGUCCAGGAACAGGGCUGCUGGCACCCGUAAAUGGGCUGGGGUACCCACCUCAGAAUCUGGCCCGGGUGGUGGUCUGGGAGUGGCUGAACGAACACGGGAGAUGGAGGCCCUACACUGCAGCUGUUUGCCACCAUAUUGAGAACGUGUUGAAAGGGGACGCUCGGGGUACUGUAGUCCUGGGGCAGGUGGAUGGACAACUCUCCCCUUACGUCAUUGACCUGCAGUCCAUGCACCAGUUUCGACAGGAUACAGGGACCAUGAGACCGGUACAGAGGAACUUCUACGAGCCGUCGUCAGCUCCGGGUAAAGGUGUCGUCUGGGAGUGGGAGAAUGACAAUGGCUCCUGGACACCGUACGACAUGGAGAUCUGCGUGACCAUCCAGAAUGCCUACGAGAAGCAGCACCCCUGGCUGGAUCUGACUUCUCUGGGCUUCUGCUACCUCAUUGACUUCAACAGCAUGUGUCAGACCAACCGGCAGAGCCAGCGAAAGAGACGUCUGCGGAGACGCAUGGACCUGGCUUACCCACUCAUCAUGGGGUCCAUUCCUAAAUCACAAUCAUGGCCUGUGGGGGCAAGCUCCGGUCAGCCGUGCUCCUGUCAGCAGUGCAUCCUGGUCAACAGUACAAGAGCAGCCUCCAACGCUAUUCUAGCCUCUCAGAGGCGAAAAGUCUACGGAGGGACGGGGGGAAACUCGGGUGCUACAGGGACCCUCACUGGAGUGAGGCAGAGCAACACCUUCGCUGGAACCUCUCUCUGGUCCCCGACAUCUGCCUCCUCCGGAACAAAUAACAACAACAUUAGUGUAGGAGGUGGGCACACCAAAGCCGAACAGGUGCAGUCCCCACUCUCCUCUGCCAACUUCCCCUGUUCCCCUGUGAUGCCGUCUCUCUCAUCCGCUCAUGGCCACCAUGCUCUCACCAUCAACGGACAGAACAACUUGAACCGGCCAGGGACACAGCGCAUUUCCAUGGGUACAGCAAGAGGAGCCAUCCCACCAGGGGUUCCUGCUCUCCCAGUAAAGAACCUGACUGGAUCUGGACCCGUGCAUCCAGCACUAGCAGGUAUGACAGGUAUCCUGAUGUGCGCUGCAGGUCUGCCAGUUUGCCUGACCAGGGCCCCCAAACCCAUCCUGCACCCACCACCCAUCAACAAGAGUGACAUGAAGCCUGUGCCUGGGAUCAAUGGCAUGCGCCGCAAAACAAAGAAAAAGCACCUGAGAAGAGGGAAAAACCCAGAAGAUGUGGUGCGAAGAUACACAGAGAAGAUAAAAGUGGUACCAGAUGAGGACUGUACCAUCUGCAUGGAGAGGCUGGUCAUGUCAUCCGGCUACGAAGGCGUCCUGCAGCACAAAGGCAUCAAGCCAGAGCUGGUGGGCAAACUUGGCAAGUGUGGGCACAUGUACCAUCUGUUAUGCCUGGUGGCCAUGUACAACAAUGGCAAUAAGGAUGGCAGUCUUCAGUGUCCAACAUGUAAAACCAUUUAUGGGGAGAAGACAGGCACGCAGCCUCCUGGGAAGAUGGAGUAUCACGUCAUCCCCCACUGCCUGCCAGGCUACCCCGACUUUAAAACCAUCCGCAUCGUCUACGACAUUCCUGCUGGGAUCCAGACCAAUGAACACCCCAACCCUGGAAAGAAGUUCAGUGCAAGAGGGUUCCCCCGACACUGUUACCUCCCUGACAACGACAAAGGCAGGAAGGUCCUGAAACUACUCAUCAUGGCCUGGGACCGACGCCUCAUUUUCACAAUCGGCACGUCCAGUACCACAGGCGAGUCAGACACAGUGGUGUGGAACGAGAUUCACCACAAAACAGAAUUUGGCUCAAACCUGACCGGCCACGGUUACCCCGACCCCAACUACCUGGACAAUGUCCUGACAGAGCUAUCGGCACAGGGGGUAGGCGAGGACAACCUGAAGGACUGAUAUUGUCUGGAUACAAAGGAUCCACAUCCCAUCAUGCCUCACCGUCUCAGAACAGAGCCUCUGAAUGACGGACCAACAUGCAGCUGACAACUCUUUACUCUCCACAAAAAAAACAAAAAAAAACAGGAGCAAUGGAACCAAAAUAAUCGACACGGUUAUGAUCAGUUUUUUGAUUAUAAUAACCCCCCCCCCCCCCCUGCUGUUUCUUGGUCUUUGCCUGGAGCAUGUCAAGUUCAUGCCAAAAAUGUUCAGAGGGAAAAUGAUGCAAAGAAAAGGAGAGAUUUCUCUCUACAUGUUUGUUGCUGUGGGAUUUCAGUUCAAACUAAAGCUGCACUUGGAGUAAAAUAACAAGAGGCCAGAAUUAUACAAAGGUAUAUCUCUAAAUGCUUAACUCCAGAAUGCAUGGCCCAGACUAACGCUGCAUAUCAAUGUUAGGAGAAUUUCUGCAGUAGGGUGAGGUGUCGAUAGAUCAGUCGUUGCUUGUUAUUGUGAAGAGAAAUUUGUAUAUGAGAACUUCAGUAUUUUGGAUAAAAUUUAAUCCUAAUUGAUCAAUUAUGUAUUGUUCCCCUUUGUCACUUAAAGUUAAUGAUUGUCAUGUAACAGAUGGUAAAACUUGAAUACAAUUGAAUUGAUGAUAUUUUCCACUUCAGAUUACCGAGGCCAGUUGUUGUGUCAAGUGGGAGUGUUUUGUAGUGCAUGAAGCAAUAUCCAGAGAGCUUUGAAAUAUUUAGUGUUUGGUGAUAAACGUAUGUUGUAUGGUUAACCUUGCAGACUGUCUAAGAGAAGAGGCAUGGAGUAAAUGAAACAAGCAUCUUACCAGUCAGUUUGAGGCUUGUUACGGGCUGUUGUGACGACAAAGGCGGAGGUUGUGAAGCGGAGGUUUGCCACGCUCCAAGGUUACACUCAUUUGUUUUGUUGACACACUGAUGACGCUGACCUCUGCGAUUAUAAAGCCUGCAUUAAUUCUCUCCCUGUUGGAGCACACCCUGGCGUUAGCACGAUCCAUCAUGCUGACCAUACAUGAGGGGUGAGUGUGUGAUUGCGUGCUCUGAGGCGUUAAUUUAGCUUGCUUGGAGUCCUUGAGGAGAGAAGCCCAGCACGCUCCUCACAGAUGGACGUCCGUCUUGUAAACACCAACAGUUUAUCCCUGGAGACGCAGCUCGGGCAGCGCUCCCGCACGCCUGUGAUCUACAAGUCUCUAGUGAGCGUGUUUGCUGUAGGCAGUGUGCAGAGCUUCACGGCAUGGAUGGCCAGCAGUGAAAUUUCUUAGUUCCAGAGCGAGCUCACACAGAGUUCUGAAGGCCGAUCCUUAUGUAUGGACAUGACCCUACUCUCCUCCUCCUCCUCCUCAGCAGCAGAGCUCUUCAUCUGAAGAACCAGGCUAAUGCUGGGCUAAUAUGUUGUUAGCUGGGAACUGUUUUUCCAAUGCUCUACUGCUCCAGAUCUUAUGCCUGUGAGAUAGUGGUUUUGAAAGGUCCUUGGUGGAGAUCUUGCGAUAUUCCUUUACUCUGAGAUAAAAGAUAAUCCCAGUGCUGCAUAAUUAUCCAUAAAUAUACCUGAUCAAUUUUAAUGAGCAGGGAUGUGGAUGUAAAGUUUAUUAUAUGGGCACCCAGCUGUGAGCUUAAUUUUGAAUUAAAUCAUGGUCUUCCAGUGCACGUUGGUGCAACACUUUUACCCGGUCAAUUUAUUUUUAGAAACAUGUCUUACAUUGCAGCUAAACCUGUCUUUUUUGAGUUGAUGUUUAUAAACUGGCUUGCAAUGCUUUAAAAAUACAAAUAAUAUACAUUUGCAGAUGUGAUAAACCUUUAGAUUCAAGCUCAGUUUGAGUCUAUAGUGUAAGUUUAAUUUAUUUUUUUACUCUUCUAUAUAGAAAAUAUAAAAAUAUACUGACUGGCCCACAUAUCUAUACACCGGCACAUGUUAACAUGAAUACAUAAAAUCUGGCAAAGCUGAAUUUGUCAGUAUGUCAGGGACUGUUGAAAUAUGUACGACAUGUUAUGGACGUCUUAUAUUACAAGUAGUCUUAGCGUAUGCUGCUGUUGUUACCUUAAUGUAGAAUCUGUGUAGUUGAUCCCAGUGGGACCCCAAUAAAUACAGUAAAUGUGUCUUUAUUAUUGGUGGGGGAGCUUUAGCAGCAUGAAGAUGGCUGUCUCCCCACAAAUGGGCAAUUUCUCUUUUCCUACUUGACCAGAACAUGGGAAUGGAUGCAGUCAGCAAUCUUUGAGCAGUCUAAGGGUAAAAAUAUGACACAUCUGGGUUAACAAGAAGCUACAAAUGAUUCUUAGUGUUUGUUUUAGCUUACUAAGCUAUAGAUUAGUGUUAACCACCAACUGCCCAUACAAAAUACACCAAGUUCUAUUCUUUUGAAACCUAUUUUCCAUUCAUCAUAAGACAAAAAUUAACACAAUUCAAUUGUAUUCCCGUAAAUUAGAGCAGUUUAGGAUAUCUUGGGUUAAAGCUGUGUAUUUUGCCCUUUUCCAAUGUGUAACAUCAAGGUUUGACAUUUUCAUACAAAUUUCACUGCUAACUUCAUAGCAGACUAGCAUACGAUACUAGGUAACUCAGGCUGGUUAGAGAUUUUUCAUGCAUAAGAUAUCCUAUGUGGCUGGUUUACAACUAACAGAUUUGUCACUUGUGCCCUUGAAUUUUACAUAAAUUCUGUGAGCAAGGUUUGCAAUUCGACUGCACAGGCUACAAAUCAAUUCCCACAGAUUCCGGAUCUGUAUCCAUGGGUUACACACAAGCGGCAACCUCCGGUCUAAAAAACAUGAGUCCAAUGCGGAAGUGCUAAAAACUGCAGUUCAUCAAGGAUCCACUUGAGGCUCGCUCUGGAAGUACCGGAAACCACAUACACACCAAUUCAAAGAAGACGAUCUUUACAGCAGAAAUAAACAUGUUUACAGCCUGGUACAAAAAACAAGUGUAGUCUGGAUAGCUCAUUUCUCGAUCGGCACACACUGUACGUGGGGUGAUUUUUUUUCUAAUUCGGCCUAUUCAAAGAUAUUAUUACGAGUCUUCUAAUGAGAGGUACAGCUGACUUGAUUGACAGACGGGAACACUUUAAGUGUUGACUAGGAGGCUGAAAGCCCGCCUCUUUACGUGACAAUCGCUCGACAGCAGCAAUAUGGCUGUCACCGACAAUUGGCCUCAAAACAGCGCUUCAGAAUCAAAUGAGUGCCGUCAUGGAUACUGCACACAUCUGUAACCAGAUGUACACACAAUCUUGCAAACUGUGUGCACAGAUUUGCAUAAAACUCCUUUUUUUCUUUUGAGCUGGUACUCAGGGGGCUCUGAAAACAUCAACUCUAGCUGAUAUUGUAUGCUACUUGGAUUGAAAUAUAAACCAGCUCUGAGAGUGAAACUCUAAAAAAAACUAACUUUCAAACCAGCUUGAAAUGUAUUUUAGGUAAAUGUUAGCUGUAAACCAGCCACAUAGCUUACAUUAUGCAUGAAAAAUCACUGACCAGCGUUGAGUUACCUAGCAUCAUAUGCUAGUCUGCUAAGAUGUUAUAAGGGAUAUAGGAAUGUAAAGGUUAGCUUCCUAAAAAAAUCCAACUUUUAAUCAAGCUAGCAAAACAGGCUUUGUUCAGGUUUUAGCUAUACUGUCUAACGGUUGAAAGCUUCAUGACAAAAAAUCUCAUUUUAAUGUAGCUAGCAAAAUAUGCUUGUUAGGUUGAAAUGUUAUAGCUAUUUGAUGGAUAAAUUGUUAAAAUAAACAUAAACAUUGAGGCUUGCAAGCUCUUAAUGUUGGUUGGCUUCAACAAUAGCUGCAACUGAGCUUUUAAUGGAUUAAACUCUUAAAAUUCUUAAUAAACAUGAACUACUGUUUGAGCAAUCACCCACUUUGGCACUUAAUUUACUAUACUACUAUUUAAUCAUGAGUAUUUUUGACAGAGUUAAAGGAGUUAAACUACCUUUUUGCUAUUCACUCAAGCUUUCUUUCACCUGCUCAGGCUACAGCAAACAACUAAAGUGAUUUGUAUGCUUGAUUAGGACCCAGGUGUUGAAAACAGUCUUUGUUUGGCUUGUUCCAUCAAGUUUUCUCACAACCUUUUCGACUCCCUUUAUAAAACGGGACAGCUAAAGAUGAUGCUUCCAAUCUAUCAGGGAACCUUUUCCAUGUUGAGUGAAGUUACAUUGCUAAGAGAAGUCCAAAUCUUUGCUUCUUCUUUUACUUUCAAUGAUCGGCCUUGAUGUAUGAAGGAUGUCGGCCGUUUAGAUUUCAGGUGUGUACAGACUUAUAUGGAAAUAAUUAAUAAAACAUGGUUUGGUAUUUGUCAGAUAAAGAAAGAGAGAGGUGGUGUUUAUGCAAUUUACUAUUUUUAAGAUAUUCUAUAUGAUUUAUGUGUAGCAACAAGGCUUAUUUUUUGUUUAUAUGACUAUGGAUGUUUUCUUUAUGGGGUGCCUACCUCCAGGUUUUUAAACAAAGGGGUUACAACCCGAGGAUGUCCACAUGCUAUGUGUUAGAAAACAUAUAUUUUUUGAUGUCUUCUUUUGAAAAAUGAUUGUCUCUAAAAGAAAUAAGACAUUGCUGUAUUACUCUUAUGAUCCAUUCCAUACUAUUUUCCAUUUGAUGAAAAGUGGCAUAAAGAAUGAUUCACCUUUUCUUAACAUAUGGAGUAUAUACAGUUGUACUAUCAGAUAGCGUCAGCUGCGAACUGUACUUUUCUGAUGAAACAAUACCUUAACAUUUUCUGUGGGUAUACUGUAAGUUUCUUUCUGUCUGUGCGAGUAUGUGUGAACGUGUGCUGAGUGUGCGCCUAGUAAAUGAAUCUUAGGUUCAUGUCCUUUAAAGAUACAGUAAUGUUCUCCUAGAGGUGCAUGUUAACCAAACUGUGAGCAGGUUUAUUGACAAUGCAUAGCUUUUUGCGUCAGAAAAAAUCAUAGCUUAUUUAGAGAAAUCACCCAGGUCUUCUGGGGAUUUAGCACUGUGGUUUUGCAUCUUUCUCCAGAUAGAUAAAAAGAUUUUUUCCUCUUUCAGGUUUGAUUUACACAGAUGGGGAAUGAAGCAGCGUUUUGCUGCUCUCCUCACUGCUUUUACAUGUGAAACAUCUGAAUGUUUUGCAUUUUAAGUGCCCAUAUUAAUUGACAUUUAUUAAAUCAUGAUUUUUGUGAUUUGAUUUUAAGCAGUGUCUACAUAAUUGCUAAUUAAUGGUUAACACAGAGAAACUGAGAUCAACUAAAGGCAAGAUAUAGAGACAUUGAUUAAACUAUAAAGGGCUUCUUAAUCUAUCAGUCUUUAUUGAAUUGUGAUGACCUUGUUGCAUGUUUGUGUGUUUCUUGUGGAAAAAUAAAUGUGCCCUGGACAGGGUAAUUUGUUUGA